AUGACAUAUAACCAGCAGGAGAACGAAGUCGAGUACUGUAACGCCAGCCACUGGUUGACGUUAUUGCCAUUGCCGGUACCUGGUAGCUCAUCUUUGUUGCCUGUGUCAACCUGUAAGCAGAUAGCUCUCGAGCAGAAUUCAUUUUUUCGCAAUGGACAAUAUUGGAUCAGACCGUCUUCUAACGAUCCACCAUUUCAAGUAUUCUGUGAUGCGAGUGAAGGUUGGACUUUGAUAAUGAAAGUAAAUGGAAAUCAGCAAACGUUUGACUAUAACAACGACUUGUGGUCGAACAAGAAUACAUUUCAAUCAAAUAACUUGGAUUUGGAUGACAAAGAAACGAAAUUGGCUUCGUAUUGGACGUUACCAUUUACUGAACUUCGUCUGGGAAUGAAAGUAGACGGAACAAUCAGAUGGAUCACCUUCAACUAUAGCGCAUCAUCUCUCUACAAUCUUAUUGCAGAUGGACAGUACAGAAAUACGAAUAUUGGUAAGAGUAAGUGGAAAAGUUUACUGCCAACGUUGUACCUACAGGAAAAUUGCAAUAAGGAAGGUUUCAACAUACAAGGCCAUGGCCGAGGAGCUCGUCUGGGACUUAUGGGUAAUAGCGAAAACGACUGCAACACUCCAGACUCUUAUCUUGGUUUUGGAUUAUUCUACACUACGACUGAACCAUCUAGUGCUGGAAACUAUCAAGUUCCAAGAGCAAUAGACAGUUACAGAGUUACCAAACGUCUUAGAGUUCUGGCAGUCACUGGAAACAAGUAG